AUGGCUUUGAAAUAUUCAAAAGAAUAUCUUGAUAAUUAUGAAAAUAAUAAAAAUUUUGAAACAAAGCAAAUCAAAAUUAAAAACUUUAUUGAUAAAAUAAAUAAUAAUAUUACCAAUAAAGAAGAAAGAAUUCUUUUAUUGGAUAGAAUUCAAAAUGGAAUUAAAUUAAUCAAAGAAAAUUAUGAUAAAGAAAGAUAUUACGAAUAUAAAAAAGCAGGA